AUGCCAGAGCUACCAACAAUUGUCAUCAGGGGAGGCGAGAAAAGUUGCUUCGUCGAUAGCCACCCCCUGAUUCUCCUGCUUCGAGCCCAGGUCUCCGACAAGCUUAACCUAAAGGUCGGGGAAUAUUCUGCAGUUGCAGGCCUUGUUGUGCAUAAGAUACGGGCGUGGAAGGGUGUGCAUGAAGCUAUUUGUGAUUUGAAGCCAUCGCUCGAUGCACCUUCACACCGACCAGAAGCCACAAUCAACAAGAUGGCCUGCAAGUAUUACUAUUAUUAUCGCUGUUAUUAUUACAGUAAUACAAGCAGAUCUCCGGCUAUAAGGGGGAUAUCAAGAAGACUAUGCUAUGCAAUUGAGAAGAAACAAAGGGUAAAACGUCAUGGUGUGAAAAGCAAAUCUAACUGGGGUAAAAAAGCAUGGAGUACAAUGUAUAGUUUUUUAAUCAAGACCAAAAAAUGCAUAAACCAAACCGAAGCUAAUGGGUAA